AUGACGGACGCCAGCAACAGGAAAGAGGGCUUCAAAAAAUGCCGGAGUGCCACUUUCAGCAUCGAUGGCUACAGCUUCACCAUCGUUGCAAAUGAAGCCGGAGAUAAGACUGCCAGACCGCUUGCCUACUUCUCCCGGUCUAAGUCUCAGAACUGUCUGUGGAACUCCCUCAUCGACGGUCUCACAGGGAAUGUCCAGGAGAAGCCACGGCCGACGAUUGUCCAUGACCCCCGGCCACCAGAGGAAAUCCUAGCUGAUGAAUUGCCUCAGCUUGAUAGCCCGGAAGCCUUGGUGAAAACGUCCUUCAGGUUACGGUCUUUGGUCAAACAAUUAGAGAGAGGGGAGGCUUCAGUGGUAGAUCUUAAGAAGAAUUUGGAAUAUGCAGCCACAGUGCUUGAAUCCGUAUACAUUGAUGAAACCAGGAGACUCCUGGAUACGGAAGAUGAGCUCAGUGACAUUCAGUCAGAUGCAGUGCCUUCUGAGGUCCGAGACUGGCUGGCCUCCACCUUUACACGGCAGAUGGGGAUGAUACUCAGAAGGAAUGAGGAGAAGCCGCGGUUCAAGAGCAUCGUCCACGCAGUGCAAGCUGGGAUAUUUGUGGAGAGAAUGUAUAGACGAACAUCAAACAUGGUUGGACUGAGCUACCCACCAGCUGUUAUUGAAGCAUUAAAGGAUGUUGACAAGUGGUCCUUUGAUGUCUUUUCCCUCAAUGAAGCCAGCGGGGAUCAUGCACUGAAAUUCAUUUUCUAUGAAUUACUCACACGCUAUGAUCUGAUCAGCCGUUUCAAGAUCCCCAUUUCUGCACUUGUCUCAUUUGUGGAGGCCCUGGAAGUAGGAUACAGCAAGCACAAAAACCCUUACCACAAUUUGAUGCACGCUGCCGACGUUACACAGACUGUGCAUUACCUCCUCUAUAAGACAGGAGUAGCAAACUGGCUGACAGAGCUGGAGAUCUUUGCUAUAAUCUUCUCAGCUGCCAUCCAUGACUAUGAGCACACCGGAACCACCAACAAUUUCCACAUUCAGACCCGGUCUGACCCAGCGAUUCUGUACAACGAUAGGUCUGUUUUGGAAAAUCACCAUUUAAGUGCAGCCUAUCGCCUUCUACAGGAGGAUGAGGAAAUGAAUAUUUUGAUCAACCUCUCAAAGGAUGACUGGAGGGAGUUUCGGACCUUGGUAAUUGAGAUGGUGAUGGCUACGGAUAUGUCCUGUCAUUUCCAGCAAAUCAAAGCAAUGAAGACUGCACUGCAGCAGCCAGAAGCAAUUGAAAAGCCGAAAGCAUUAUCCCUGAUGUUGCACACUGCAGACAUUAGCCAUCCAGCAAAAGCCUGGGAGCUCCACCAUCGCUGGACGAUGUCACUCCUGGAGGAGUUCUUCAGACAGGGUGAUAGAGAAGCAGAGCUGGGGCUGCCUUUUUCUCCUCUGUGUGACCGAAAGUCCACGAUGGUUGCCCAGUCACAAGUAGGCUUCAUUGAUUUCAUUGUGGAACCCACCUUCAGUGUACUCACAGACAUGACAGAAAAGAUCUUGAGUCCACUAAUGGAUGACACCUCUCAAACUGGUGGGACAGGACAGAGGCGUUCAAGUUUGAACAACAUCAGUUCGGCAGAUGCAAAGCGAUCAGGUGUCAAGAGCUCUGGCUCAGAAGGAAGUGCCCCAAUCAACAAUUCGGUCAUCCCUGUGGACCAUAAGAGCUUUAAAGCCACUUGGACUGAGGUGGUACACAUCAAUCGGGAGAGAUGGAGGGCCAAGGUGCCCAAAGAGGAGAAGGCCAAGAAGGAAGCAGAAGAAAAGGCUCGCCUGGCCGCAGAGGAGAAGCAAAAGGAAAUGGAAGCCAAAAGCCAGGCUGAAGAAGGUGCAUCUGGUAAAGUCGAGAAUAAGGCAUCUGGGGAAGCUAAGAAUCAAGUCAACGGAACAGGCACAAACAAAAGUGACAGCCCUCGUGGGAAAAAUUCCAGAGCUGAGAAGUCAUCAGGAGAAAAGCAACAGAAUGGUGACUUGAAAGAUGGUAAAAAUAAGACAGACAAGAAGGAUCAAUCCAAUGUCAGAAAUGAUUCAAAGAAAACAGAUGGCAUAAAGAAGCAUUCUCAUGGCUCACCAGCCCCAAGCACUAGCUCCACGAGUCGCCUUACCUUGCCAGGGGACUAUGGAUAACAUAUCCAUCCAGAGGAUUCCUCAGAAGAGAACUGACCAGCCCUGAGGUCUGAAAACAUUUUAGGAAGCUUAUGUUGCUUUUACAAAAACAAAAUAUUAUGUGUAUUGUAAGUUACUGAGUGAUUAACUUCAAAAAUGGUAACUUCUGAUCUUCCUAAUACAGGUUUUUAGCAGUAAAUACUUUGGUAUGUAUUGCACAUCUCUCAAAUAUCAGGGACAAUGCUAGGUUCUUCACAUGUAUUAUCUCGUUUAAUCUUCACAACAACCCUCUAAGGAAGGUAUUGUUAUCUCCAUUUCACAAAUUAGGAAACUGAGGCAUACGCAGCUAAAUAGCUUGCCCAGAGUUAGCAGGUGGCAAUCCUGUACUCUUUGCUCGAGUUUCAUUGUCAGGGGUAAAGACUGAUGUCAAACAGUCCACACUGGAACAGCCUUUCUUUCACAGCUGUACUCUGCCUGGGGUAGAGUACAAUUAUGCAUGUACCGAUUUCAGGCACAACUGUGGGGUGUGGAGGGAUCCUGCAUUGUCUUAAUUUUAAGUAAAGAUUCCCAUGAGUGGUCUCUUUGCAAUUGCCUUUUAUCUUGAGUUCAGUUUAAAGGAUGCCAGUUGUCAUUCUUAUUAUGGACUAGAGCAAAACACAUUUGUUAUACGUGAUUUAGCACUUCAGAGCUCUAGAACCCUAAAGAAAUUUAACUUUACAGGCUGCUUCUGGCAGAGGUCAUAGUUGGUGUGAGCAAAGGACAGAGCUACUGCUUUGGCCUUACACUCCCCAUCUUCAGAUGCACACGUGGAAAAAGGCACACACUGAUGAAAAAACAUCGAACAAAAGACUUAGCUUGCGUAAUCUCCCAAAUAUUUUUCUCCUUUGAAAGAGCAUGCUUCAUGUUCUUUGUGCUUGCCAGGAGAAACAAAAUGAAAACAAAGAACUCAAUUGAAGAUGAUCAUCUCCUUGAGGGAGGGCUUUCUUAUUCUUUUUUAUUAAUUAAAAUAAUAUUUUUAUUAAAUUAAAUGAUUAAUCAUUAAAUCAUAAGGUCGCAGGGCAUUUAAUGGCUAGCAGUUGUUUGAAUAAGAAUAGAGCUUAGUUUUCCAGCCUUCCUUACCUAAUUGCUCCUGCUCUUUCACCUGUUUGUCAGAGGGACUUGAAAACUGUGCCUCAGCCUCUCCAGACGAUAGUAAGACCUGAGUUGAGGUUAUAGCUUUGGUGUAAAACAAAAGUGCUCAGGCCUCAAAUUUGAAACUUCAAAGGAAAGGAAUUUGCUGACAUUCUUCACUGAGCAAACACGGGCAGCAAAUCUAGGUAUCAAGGCAUUGCUGAUGCAAGGGAGGAAUAUUAGGUUUUGUAGAUUCUCGUCCACUGUGUCAGCUGGUGUGUAUUCUAAGUGAUUCCCCUCUUCUUUAGUAAAUGAGAGAUUUAUGAAGGUUACUGAGUAUGAUGCCAAGUAGUUUACUCAUUCAUUAAAUAUUUUUCAGCACCAACUGUUAUCAGUACUGGGCUUAAAUUCUGGGGAUGCAAAUGUGUAUAACACCCUGUCCCGUCCUAAUGAAGUUUAU